AUGUCAUUGUCCGCAAGUCUGGGGGGAACUGAAGCCAUCGCGGGCGCCUCGGCCUCGGGUGCCGAAAAAAGCGCGAGCUUAGCCAGGGAAGCGGCCGCCAUCAAACCGCGUAGCUGUGUCGUAUGUCGGACCCGCAAGGUCCGCUGUGAUAAACAGUCCCCGUGUUCAAAUUGCCGUCGCGCGAACAUCGCCUGCAUCGUUCCCUCGAAAGACCAUCAUCCGAGAUGGGCCCGUCGCCUCGAGCGUCCUGCAACCGGGGAGGUUAUGGAAAGACUUCGAGACCUCGAGAAUUUAGUCAAAGACCUAAGUGGUCAACUGGAGCAGGCAAACGCAGCGGCUAGAUCUACGGCUGGCAGCUCAUCUGGCGUUGGCUCUCCUGAGAAUUCGAUGCAUGAUGUGGGCUAUUCGCUGAGCGCCAGCAGCGCACAGAAGCUUGGUAGACUAGUAACUCAUGACGCCGAAAGGAGUCGCUUUGUCGGCAACAGCUUCUGGUCACGGGUGAACGAUGAACUGGAGGAUCUAAAAAUGGACGCUGCUGCUCAAGACUCGGAUAUGUCCGAUGAAUCAGUCUCUUGUGAUGCUAUGCACUGGACUCGAGAAAUCGAUCGCACACCAUCCGAACGCCAUGCAUUCAUUUUCAAACAUAAUCCGGCUGACUCCUUCCUGAAUACCACUACUCCGGAUCUCCGCGAGUUCCACCCUUUGCCGUCACAGAUACCCUUUCUGUUAGACGUGUACGCCGAGAACUUCAAUAUCAUUGGCCAGGUCGUCCAUAUGCCCACGAUCACAAAGAUGGUACGGGACUUGCGUGGCGAUGUAACCAAGCUCACACCGGCGAAUGAAGCCUUGAUGUUUUCUAUAUACUACGCCGCUAUCACCUCGAUGGAAGAAGACGACGUCAAUAUUAACUUCGGAUCGACAAAAGCAGAAUUGAACCUCAAAUAUCGUCUUGGUGUAGAGCAUGCCCUUGCCAAGGCUGAUUUCUUGAAUGUUCCUGAUCUCGUUCUGAUCCAGGCAUUCACUAUCUUCAUAAGCCUGCUCCGCCGGCACGACAGUCCACGCUUUGUCUGGAUGAUGGCGGGCUUGGCCAUCCGAAUGGCUCUCGCUCUAGGUCUUCACCGCGACGGUACCAACUUCGACCACUUGACCCCCUUUGAGAUUGAAAUGCGGCGCCGGGUUUGGUGGGUCAUAUGCGCUCUUGACGUAAGGGCAUCCGAAGAUCAAGGGACAGAAUUUACAAUUAGUACCGGAAGCUUUGACACUAAGAUCCCCCUCAAUCUCAAUGAUGGAGACAUUAAUCCCGACGCGAAAGAAAUGCCACAAGAACGUGAAGGCUUGACUGAUAUGUCUUUUGCCCGAGUCACAUACAAAAUGACAGAAGUUGCAAGGCAGAUCAUGGCACAUGGGUUACGAAAACCCAGCCUGGAAGAACAGAGUCAACUGUUGCAGGAAAUCUAUCGCACUUUGGAACAAAAUUACUUGCAGUACUCGACAGAGUCAAAUAUCAUGUAUUGGGUCGCGGUGACGAUUGCACGUCUCGUCAUGGCAAAGACAACUUUAUUUAUCUACCUUCCUGUGUUGUACGGUUCACGUCAUGAUGCUCUAUCGGAAGAGCUGAGAACGAAACUGCUCAUUGCGGCAAUCGAAGUGGCCGAGUACAACCAUGCCUUGAAUGCCAAGCAAGCAUGCAGACACUGGCGUUGGGUUUACCAGACCUACACGCACUGGCAUGCCGUCGUUUACAUUUUGAUUGAAAUCUCCCGUCGACCGUGGUCGCCCCUCGUUGAAAGGGCUUGGGUGGCGUUGCACAGCGUUUGGCUGAUUCCGAGCCAAUCGCACAUGAGCAAGCAGAUGAGAAUUUGGUUCCCUCUGAAAAAGCUUAUGUCUAAGGCGAAGAAACACAUGCAGACCGAGCUGGACAGGUUACGCAGUGACCCAGACGCUGUUGCGCAGUUGGAAUCUGAAUAUCGCACAGUGGGUCUGCCAUCCAGCCCCUUAGUACCGACGCGCUUUGGAUCAGCUGCAGCUGGUUCGGCGUCGGCAAAAUUAGCUCUGGAUAGAUGGCGACAGCUUGUGAAUGCGCCAUCAACGACCAUGAGUCAGAUGUCUGGAUUUAACGAACGAGCCAGUCCAUACUGUUCUGUUCCUGCUCCGAUUACAGGGUCAAGUGGUGCUGAUACGGGCUCACUAACUGCUUUUGAUCCUGCCUCGAUCGAUACGGGGACUCUACCAGAUCAACAACUGCUAAGUGCGAACCUCACAAAUUUUGCACCAUCAAAUGUACCUAGUCCGGCGGGAUCUCAAGGCAAUCUUGAGUGGCUCUGGUCGGACAAUAUGUUUACGAACGCCACUGAAGGAAUGACUGACUUCAAUAUGGAUUUUGAUGCUGACGUUGAUUGGUACAAUUGGGUCGAGGCAGCUAAGGGCACAGAAGUCAGUGAGCCUGGUAUCUGA